UGGUCGUACGUGGAUAUCGUUAGGCCGUCCUAUCACCCGUGAAGAUUGGAAUUCUCUUAUCGUCGUCUCUCCCAAACAAAUUCGCCAUUUUUUUAUCAAUCAACCUCCCACAAUGAAAGUUGACAAUCUAAGCUUACAUAAAUUUGCUCUUCCGCACUCGGUGAGACAUUUUAUUAGAGGUUCUUUCCCGCGCGUACAGUUCUUCUCUACUGUCGCUUUAUUUCCCGAAGCUUCCCGCCUACCAGGCUCCUUUCGCGUUCCUCAGAACCACUGCUUCAAGGGUGUACGGUUUGACAGUAAAGUCAUGGGUGCAAUGGAGUUAUCCGAUCUUGAAGACGGGGAUUUGGUGGUGGAGAUGUGCAUUACGCAUACACUACCACCGGCUCUGACGCUUAAUCAGGGACUGGAGAGCAUAAGUGAGGCCAUUGAAAAGUUGAAGUUGGAACCUCCACGUUCUUCUGAUGGAGUCUUCAGGUUUCAGGUGGCUGUUCCUCCGAGUUCGAAAGCUCUUUUGUGGUUUUGUUGUCAGCCGGAGUCAUCUGAAGUGUUUCCUGUCUUUUUCCUUUCCAAGGAGAAGGUUAAUGCGACAAUUAAGUCUCUAUACUUGAACGAUACCCGUGGAGUUUUUGGAAUUGGCACUGCAAUUCCCUUUGCAAGCUCGUCUUCUACUUCAUCAAAACAAAGUUCAUUGAAAAGGUAUCUCACGAAUGAUUCAGCUCCUAUUAUGGCUUAUGGUUUUGUAAAUGAGAAUACUGGGGAGACAUCUUCGCCAAAGCACGAGGCUGGUCAUUCAUACUUUUGCGUUCCCCAAAUUGAGUUGAAUGAGUACGAGGGAGUUUCUAUUCUCUCUGCAACACUUGCAUGGAGCGAAUCUUUCCCGUGCACAUUGGAGGAAGCUCUUCAUUCUUUGAGCUUAUCUAUCUACCAGAUCAGUACAAAUUUUCCGUCCAGAGAAAAGUGCCAGUCCAAAUUCAUAAGAUCUUCUUUAACAGCUUUGAAACUGGUGGAUAGAACACAUCAGAUGGCAUACAUGGAAGUACUUUCAAUGGCUGGUGAAAGUUUCAAUACUGGGAUCAUGGAAAUGAAGGGGUCUUCACUCUCCCAUCAAUUCUGCAUUAGGCUUUCGUCGAGUGUUGCUGUUGCAUGUAAUAUGUGGGAUCAUAUCAGUGAAACUCGUCACUCAGAGCAAGAGCAUGCCAACAUCAAUGCUCUCUGGGCGUCACUCAUAGUUGAAGAAUGUUCCCGUCUUGGUUUGACGUAUUUUUGCAUAGCUCCUGGAUCAAGAUCAUCCCCACUUGCCGUUGCUGCUGCAAGUCAUCCGCUGAUAACAUGUAUGGCAUGCUUUGAUGAACGCUCUCUUUCUUUUCAUGCAAUUGGGUACGCUAAAGGAUCUCAUAGGCCAGCAGUUGUAAUCACAUCAUCAGGCACUGCUGUUUCAAAUCUUCUUCCUGCUGUGGUUGAAGCCAGUCAAAAUUUUCUACCUCUUUUAUUGCUAACAGCUGACCGCCCCCCAGAGCUACAGGAUGCAGGAGCAAAUCAAUCUAUUAAUCAGGUAAACCAUUUUGGUUCAUUUGUGAGGUUCUUCUUUGGUCUUCCUGUCCCAACUGAUCAAAUUCCCGCCAGAAUGGUACUUACCACUCUUGAUUCUGCUGUACAUCGAGCAACCUCUUCACCCUGUGGCCCCGUUCACAUAAAUUGUCCAUUUAGAGAGCCACUGGAAAGUAGUCCAAGUCGGUGGAAUUUAGCUUGCUUAAAUGGAUUACACGUUUGGAUGUCAAGCGCUGAAGCUUUUACCAAGUAUAUUCAACUACGAGCUUCUCAAACGUCUGCUGAUACUUUUGGCCAAAUGGCAGAGGUUUUGAAAGUAAUCAAUGGAGCCAGAAAUGGCAUUUUACUUCUUGGGUCAAUUCACUCAGAAGAUGAGAUAUGGGCUGCGUUUCUAUUGGCCAAACAUAUUUCAUGGCCUAUAGUUGCUGAUGUAUUGUCAGGUCUACGCUUGAGAAAGAGUUCAUCUUCCUUUCUAGAAAUAGAAAAGAACUUUUUCUUUGUCGAUCACCUUGAUCAUGCAUUGCUUUCUGAUUCUGUAAGAAAAUGGCUAAAAUUUGACGUGAUUAUUCAGAUCGGAAGCAGGGUAACAAGCAAGCGUGUUUCGAAGAUGCUUGAGGACUGCUUUCCUUGUUCAUACAUCAUGGUUGAUGAGCAUCCAGGUCGUCAUGAUCCAUCACAUAUUGUGACCCAUAGAAUUCAAAGCACCGUCUUAGAAUUUGUGGGUUGUUUACUUAAAACUGGAUUUCCUCGCCAUAGGAGCAAGUGCUCUGCUACACUACAAGCAUUGAAUAUGAUGGUUGAGUGGGAGAUACAAUUUCAAAUUUCUUCUAACUACUCCCUAUCUGAGCCACAAGUUGCUCAGGUAAUCUCAGAGGCACUUCCAUUUGAUUCUGUUCUAUUCUUGGGGAACAGCAUGCCAAUCCGUGAUGUAGACAUGUAUGCACAUGGUUGGUCGAAAUGCAACAACAGCGUAGCAGCUAAACCAUUAAACUUACAACUUCCAUUUUACUGGACAUGGACUUCUGGAAAUAGGGGAGCCAGUGGUAUUGAUGGACUUCUUAGCACAGCUGUUGGUUUCUCUGUUGGCAGCAACAAACGAGUGCUUUGUGUAGUUGGAGAUGUUUCUUUCCUUUAUGAUACGAAUGGCUUGGCAAUUUUGAGCCAGAGGAUGACGAGGAAACCCGUGACUAUUGUUGUCAUCAAUAAUAAUGGUGGAGGAAUCUUCAGUCUCCUUCCCAUUAAGGACAAAGUAGAGCCAGCAAUACUAGACCAGUACUUCCACACCUCUCACAAAAUUUCACUCCGUAGCCUAUGUGUGGCACAUGGUCUGAAGCACCUACAUGUUCGGACAAAGAGGGAACUUCAAGAUGCUUUACUUAUGUCUCAACGUGAAGAAAAUGAUUUCAUAAUCGAGGUUGAAAGUUCCAUUGAUGCCAAUACUAGCUUCCACAGUCUCAUGAGGAAGUUCUCUUGUCAAGCAGCAGAUCAUGGGUUAAGCAUCCUUUCAAGGCUUUAUUCUGAAGAAUCUGUUUCACCUGGACUCUUCCUUUGCAAGAUAAGUAGAAUGGAUUACACAUUGUUCAGAAUCCCGCUAUGUGCUCCACCUACUACUACAUCUAGUUCUAUAGACCAAGUCGGUCAGAAGCUCUACAGAGAAGGUUUUAUUUUGUCUUUGUUUCUUGAGGAUGGGAGCCUUGGGCUUGGUGAGGUUUCGCCCCUUGAUAUCCACAAAGAGAACCUACUAGACGUUGAGGAGCAACUUAAGUGUCUUAUUUAUGUAUUAAAGGGAGCCAAGAUCAGCAGCUUCCUUCCUUUGCUACGGGGCUCGUUUUCAUCUUGGAUUUGCCAUGAACUGGGAAUACCACCAAGCUCAAUCUAUCCGAGUGUUAGAUGUGGUUUGGAAAUGGCUGUCCUCAAUGCCAUAGCAGCAAGACGAGGUUGCAGCUUGUUAGACGUACUCCAGCAUCGAUUAGAUGAAGAAAACAACUUGGCAUCUUCGUCAAAAGUUCAAAUUUGUGGGCUGUUGGAUUCUGGUGGGAGUCCUUCUGAGGUUGCUCGUGCUGCUAAGACACUUGUUGAAGAAGGUUUUACUGCUAUCAAGUUAAAGGUAGCCCGACAAGGGAAUGUCAUGUAUGAUGCUGCAGUUGUACAGGAAGUAAGGAAGAAGCUUGGUAAUGAGAUUGAACUCCGCGUUGAUGCCAAUCGGAACUGGAGCUGUGAAGAAGCCAUUCUAUUUAGCUCUUUGGUGAAGGACUGUGGCCUGCAGUAUAUCGAGGAACCAGUUAUGGAUGAAGACGCUAUUAUAAAAUUCAGUGAAGAGAGUGGUUUGCCUGUUGCACUGGAUGAAACUAUUGAUCGUAUUCAAAAUGAUCCUGUGAAAGAACUUGCAAGAUAUGCUCAUCCAGGAAUUGUUGCUAUAGUUAUAAAACCCAGUGUUAUUGGCGGAUUUGAAAAUGCAGCACUAGUAGCAAGGUGGGCACAGCAACUCGGAAAAAUGGCUGUUGUUAGUGCUGCAUUUGAAAGUGGUGUAGGUUUGUCUGGAUAUAUACAGUUAUCCUGCUAUCUGGAGCUUCAAAAUGCAGAAAUAAGAAAACUGAUGAAUAAUCAACCAGCCCCAUCUAUAGCCCACGGUCUAGGAACUUACCGUUGGCUUGAAGAAGAUGUGACUGUCAAUCCUCUCAGAAUUUGUCGUGACCCUCAUAGUGGCAUUAUGGAAGCAUCUGUUGCUGAGGCUAAUCAACUUUUGAAGAGUUUUCAAAUCAACCAGAAAUUUGUUAGUAGAAAAUUUACCGAGGAGCAAGUUCGUAGGUACCAAUUAACUGUUGACUCAAAGGGGUUCUCUCAUUUAAUAAAAGUUUUGGAGGUUGGACAAAAAACAAACGAUAAUGUUCUCUUAUUUCUUCAUGGAUUUCUUGGAACUGGUGAAGACUGGAUCACAACCAUGAAAGCCAUCUCAGGCUCAGCCAGAUGCAUUUCUCUCGACCUUCCUGGUCAUGGGGGAUCAACAACAGAAAAUAAUGAUUCUGAUGCUCAUGUUGUGAAGGAACCAAGUUUUUCGAUGGAGGUUGUUGCUGAUAUACUGUAUAAAUUGAUUCAUCAUCUUGCUCCUGGUAAAGUUAACCUUGUAGGGUACUCAAUGGGGGCUAGGAUUGCCAUGUACAUGGCCCUGAGAUUUGGUGAUAAGAUUGGAAGAACCGUUAUAAUAUCUGGAAGCCCGGGAUUGGAAGACGAGGUGGCAAGAAGAAUCCGUAGGGCUAAAGAUGAUUCUAGAGCACGUAUCCUUAAGGACUAUGGUUUACAAAGCUUUCUUGAGGAGUGGUAUGCAGGGGAAUUAUGGAAAAGCUUAAGAGAACAUCCACAUUACACUCAAAUUCUUGCCAGUCGAUUGAAGCAUGAUGAUGUUCAGAGUCUUGCAAAAGUUCUAUCCGAUUUGAGCAUUGGAAGGCAGCCGCAAUUGUGGGAUGAAUUGGAAGGCUGCAAAACACCUCUUUCAAUCAUUGUCGGGGAGAACGAUACAAAAUUCAAGAAAAUUGCACAGAAAAUUCUUUCUAAAAUGGAUGUGAGCAGGAAGAUAAGGGAUGGAGCAGUUGUUGAGCUCCAUGAAAUAGUUGAGAUCCCGGACUCUGGACAUGCUGCCCACCUGGAGAAUCCUCUUGCUGUUAUCAAUGCAUUGAGUAGAUUUUUAAUAAGGAGAACACAAUUCUCUUCUAAUUCGGAUUCUGCAGGCCAAGACGCUAUUUCGCAUGACAGCCAGCCUGUAUGAAGCAUCAAAUAUGAUAGAAAGGGAUUAUGGUUCUACGAAUAAGAUGGUUGAUCAAGUCUUGGACACAUCAUAUGCCAACAUCUUUUAUAGCCCUAUUAGUGUUUUAUGUUCACAGACAUUGAUAUCUGUCUGUUCUUGAAGUCUAGUAAUAGACAAAUUUCUUUUGAUUGCCUAUAAUUCUUUGUGGUUAUUUUACCAAGGGAAUGGUCUCUUUGAACUGAUUUGAGCGUAAAUGGAUUUGAUGUACAUCUAAGAUAUGAACACAUCA